AUGACGGGUAGUGAGAAAGGACAGGCGGCCUUGGCCGUCAUGUGGACCCUGACAGCCAUUACACUUGUCUUCUUGUGUCUCCGUCUCGUGACGAGAUACUUCAUCAUUGAUCAGCUCGGCUUCGACGAUUAUACUUACGUUGUAGCGGCGAUCUUAUUGGUUCUGUACACAACCUUUACUCAUGUGGCAGAAGGAUACGGAUUUGGUCGUUCGAUUUACGGCCUCGAAAUCAAAGAUGCGACAGCUGCGAUCAAAUGGGAAAUGGUCGGGCAGUCAUUUUCGAUCAUUGGCAUGGCCGUGUCUAAGAUAUCCCUCGGAUUAUUCCUCCUUCGACUGACAGUGGUUCACUGGCACCGAGUGGCAAUUUGGACCGUAAUGGGUGUUCUUCUCGCCGACUCAAUCGCAACAGUCAUCUCGUUUUGGUUUCAAUGCAAUCCACCGAGGGCAAUAUUCGACCUGGAGUUACGUCCAACGGCCAAAUGCGACUGGGACAUCACUCCCGUGGCCAUCACUCUGGGUGUCUGUUGCGUCAUCUCCGACUUCUUCUUUGCUGCUUUUCCAACGUUGAUCGUAUGGGACUUGAAGAUGAAGAGACAAGAGAAGAUAUUCAUCUCGGUCAGUAUGGGUUUGGGUUUUAUUGCUGGUGCUGCAGGUAUCGUCAGAACAUACGAGGUAGCGACUGGGUUCACGGAAAACUACACCGAGGACACCGUCCCCCUCAUCGUAUGGUCGUGCGCCGAGCAAUCCGUCACCAUGAUCUGUAUCGGCAUUCCGCUCCUGCGACCCCUUUACCGACACGCAUUUAAGCGCGACAAUCUAUCUACGUCAUCAAAAGCACAAUAUCACAAGUACGGCGAGGGAACGGAUAAGGAGAGCUACAAGAUGCGUGGGAUCUCGAAGAAAGAAAGAGCAGGCAAAGAGGCAAGCAAUGCCAGCUUGGGUCUUGACAGCCAGACUGUGACGGACAUUGGGGCUUUGAACAACAAUAGCAGCAACGAACACAUACUCGGCAUUGACACCAUACGAAAUUCGAGCGACGCUGGUUCGUCGGGCAAUCGGCUCAACCGGGGGAUACGGGUCAAAGAGGAUGUCCAGGUCGAGUGGAGCAAUCGGUGA